AUGAAGAGAGGCAAUCACACUGUGAAUGAGUUCAUCCUGCUGGGCUUCACCGCAGAUCCCCUGUUGCAAUUGGUAUUAUUUGGGGUGUUCCUGUGUGUGUACUCAGUGACCAUACUGGGAAAUACCACUCUCAUUAUACUGAUCUGUAAUGACUCCCGACUCCACACCCCCAUGUAUUUUUUCAUUGGGAAUCUUUCUUUCCUGGAUCUCUGGUAUUCCUCUGUCUACACCCCAAAGAUCCUAGUGACCUGCAUCUCCAAAGACAAGAGCAUCUCCUUUGCUGGCUGUGUAGCUCAGUUCUUCUUCUCUGCUGGACUGGCCUAUACUGAGUGUUAUCUGUUGGCUGCAAUGGCUUAUGACCACUUUGUUGCCAUUUCCAACUCGCUGCUUUAUGCUCAAGUCAUGUCAAGGAAAUUGUGCAUUUCUUUAGUUAUAUAUUCCUAUACUGGAGGCUUUGUCAAUGCAAUAAUACUGACAAUCAAUACAUUAACAUUAGAUUUUUGUGGUGACCAUGUCAUUGAUGACUUUUUCUGUGAUGUCCCUCCCCUGGUGAAGUUGGCAUGCAAUGUAAAAGAGAGCUACCAGGCUGUGCUCUUCUUCCUCCUGGCCUCUAAUGUCAUCACCCCCACUGUGCUCAUACUGGCCUCCUACCUCUUCAUCAUUGCCGCCAUCUUGAGGAUCCACUCCACACAGGGCCGCCUCAAAGCCUUCUCCACCUGCUCCUCCCACUUGAUUUCUGUCACCUUGUACUAUGGCUCAAUUCUCUACAUCUACUCUCGCCCAAGUUCUAGCUAUUCCCUUGAGAGGGACAAAUUGGUUUCUAACUUUUACACUGUGGUCUUCCCCAUGUUGAACCCCAUGAUCUACAGUCUGAGGAAUAAGGAUGUGAAAGAGGCUCUGAAAAAACUCUUCAGGUUAACACUAUCUGAAGUUUAA